AAAAGCUGCCCUACAUUAUCGUUACCGUAUCGUCCCAAUUGUCCAUCCACCAUAAAUCGCCAUUUCCAUUGCUUGAUCCGUAAUUAUCGCAAGCCUGUCUCCAGCAAACCAUAUCGGCACAGUACAGAGACAAAAUCUCGACUCGCUUCUUCCCUUUGUUGCAGGAAGGAAGGAAGGAAGGAAGAAGAAGAAGAUAUGCCAAUCUCCCGCUUAGAUAUGGGAACUAGCGAGGAAUUCACUCGACCCGCAGUCCUCAAAUCCGCCAUUGCCGAGUUCUUCUCAACUCUCCUCUUCGUCUUUGCUUCCCAAGGCUCCUCGGUCUCCUUCCGAAAGCUCGCUGGUGGUGGUGGUCAGACGCCGACCGGGCUUCUUAUAUCUGCCUUAUCCAACUCCUUCGCCCUCUCUGCGGCGGUGGCUGCAUCAGCGAAGACUUCCGGCGGCCACGUAAACCCAGCGAUUACCUUCGCCCUGUUCCUCGGCGGCCACAUAACCCUCGUCCGCGCGAUCCUCUACAUCGCUGCCCAGCUCAUGGCCUCGAUUUCCGCGACCUUACUCCUGGAAGUGGCGACCGGAGCAGAUCCGCCGCCGGCGGAAGCGGUGGCGGCGAUGUCGAAUGCAGUGGUGAUUGAGGGAUUUAAGACGUUUGGACUUGUCAUAACGGUGUGCGCGGUGGCGGCGGAGGGCGAAUUGGGGGGAGGAAAAGCGGCUUUGGCGCCGUUGGCUAUUGGGUUUGCGGUCGGGGCUAAUGUGCUGGUGGGCGGGUCGUUUGACGGGGCGGUGAUGAACCCGGCGGCUUCGUUUGGGCCGGCGGUGGUGGGCUGGGUUUGGGAUGGGAUAUGGCUGUGCUGGGCUGCCCAGUUCGUCGGAGGUGGGCUUGCGGGGAUUCUGUAUGAGUUUUUCUUUGGUAAAUCGUUACGGCUGUAGAUCUGCGAUUGCUGAGUUUUGGCAUUUUUUUCCGUAAAGGGAAGAGUGUUAUUUUGGUAAAUAUUGGCUUUUGCUGGAUAUGGCAUUUUUAUUAUGUUUGGCUGUUUGCUACUUGAAUAAAGUUCAGUAUGCAUUUCUGUCGCA